AUGAGGGUGUACUCUGUUGCGAUUGAGAACCUGGAGGCUCGUCUAGCUGCCUACGAGAACUCAGCCCAGGCACAGGACGCCGAGGGGCACAUAGAUCCUGAACCCUUGGGAAGAGAGCCGAACGAGGGCUUAGAUCCAGCUUUUCGAGAAGCUCGCCAAUCGUCGACCGUCAUCCUGGACCCGGAGCCAUCCGAACCGCUGUCGGGGUCAACGAUCUCGGCCGAUUCAUCGUUGAGUUCCAGCUACACCUUCGGCUCGAGGGUGCAGAGGCUGUUUCAGGGAUCGCGGCCGGCACAGCAACGAGACGAUGUUGGCUGUUGCGCGGGCGAACCUUGCCAAUCCUCACGAUCCACUACCCGCAUCUUCGACCUGCCGUCUUUUCCGUCCGAGAAGGAAGCGCUAGAGCUGCUGGAGAUGCAGGUGUUUUACAUUGGCUACACCCAGAAUCAUGUCGAUGUGCGCGAGAUUUCCGACAAGAUCGGGCUGCUGUUUGCCAACAAAGAGGACCCAGCAGUCACUGAAAGCUUGUGGACGCUCGAGAUUCUUCUCAUCUGUGCCAAUGCAAGGCUCUUCAAGGGAGACUUUGGUAGUGGUGCGCAUGCCACUGACAACUUCCCCGGCUACUCGCUGUUCAGCCAUGUCUGCAAUCGUAUGCCUUCUCUGAGCCAGCUGUACUCUUUCGGUCGAUCCGGAGUUGAGGUUCUGGCGCUGGUCGCGGUGUAUCUUGUGAACAUCAAUCGCAAGGAGGAAGCCUACGUCUAUAUUAGCACCGCCUUGCGACUGGCAAUUUCGCAUGGAUUCCACAAAAAGUCUCCAAAGUCUCGACUGCUCCAAUCCGAAGUUAACCACAUCAAUCGCCUAUGGUGGUCCGUCUAUCUUCAGGAGAGACGAUUGGCCGCAGCCACUGGCCAUCCGUCCGGAAUCAGCGACAGUGUUAUAGAACAGGACCUUCCCACGGAUUGCAUAGGCUUCACUCCGGCGGCACCCAUGAGAACCAGCAUAAAGCUGGCUCGCGUCUACGGCCUGAUCAUCACAGUCCUUUACGGCUCUGUUCUUCAAGAGGAAGCAACAUUUGUCUCCAGAGUUCAAGAGAUUGUCAAAAACCUUUACGACAUCUCCGAUGAGAUCCCGGUGGAGUUGGCAACUGGGUUUCCAAUGCUUGGCCACGACGUAUCUCUGAGAACCUCAGCUGCGCUUCACCUCAUAUUCUACCAUGCCCUCCUGCUCACCAUCAGGCCUGUUAUGCUUCACAUGGCUCAGCUGAUCUUGAGUGGAAAGGCAUCGCACUCUGAGACGUUGUAUUUGUCUCCCCUAGGAAAGCUAUGCAGAACUUGUACGGAAGCUGCAAGAAGACUCUUGGAAGUGCUCAUGAUUCUACGUCAACACAAGUUCAUCACGCUGUUUGGGUUCUUUGACCUUGACGGCAUGUCAUCUGUUUCAUUCAUUAUGAUACUUACCGAGGUGUUGGACUCGGUGUGUCCGGAUGAUCAAAAGAUCAAGCCCACACCAGGUCUAGGAGAAGCGCUGAGCCUGAUGGAACACGUCGCCAGCCACGGCAACAAAUUCGCUCAGCAAUCGUUGGAUGACAUUCGGAGAACCUGGGUUCAACUGUGUGCUCGCCUCAACAUCACGCGAUCCGCCACUCUCACACAAAGUGCACCUCAGAGCCCCCGUUCAGAGAAUGGUAUGCGUAACAGUCCCAGUACUCAUCAGACGACAAACCCCAGAAACCCAUUGAUACUACCACACGCGCAACAGCAACGCCGAACGUCCUUGCGCGAGCAACUCAUGUCUGGUCUCGAGAGUCCUUCUCUCGAGAUUAGUCAAAAUGGCACUCAAUCCAUCCUGGCGGAUCUGGACAUACGAGAACACAUGAAUCAUCUGUGGGCGCCAAUGUUGGUGGAAGAGGUAGUACUUCAGGACGGAGAUGCUGCGGCAGGUGCUCCAAGCUUCUACCAGAAUCUUUAUGGGAACCCGCAGUGGCAGUUCACCGGCGAGGGGAUGGGGGAUUUUGCGGAGUUUGGCCGCCACAUUGUCAACGAGUACUGUACCGACUUGGUAUAA